CGAGACGGCAGACCUGGCCUGAUCUGACGGUUAGUUGUUGGCACCGAACCACCGAACGUCUGUUGGUCGCACUGCAGUGUUCCGGAACACGGUUUUCCAAAAUCCCGACGGGUUGGGGGAUUAACGAUUAACGGCCUGGGCGAGGAUCGGUGCCGCUCGAGCUGAGUCGGGGCGUCCGGGGCGUCCCAGCUAGCCCAGCUACCGCCACUUCUCUCCCUCCGCCUUUUCUCACGACACUGGAAUCGGUUUGAGUGCAUUGUUGCCACAAUCACAAUGCCACAUUGGGGUUGGGUUAUUCCCCGAUCCCGAUCUCGUCCAUAGCUUGAGCGCUCGAUCGAACCUCGACGUAAAGAUAGUUGUCAUGGCGUUAGGUCUCCUGAACAAAGGUCGUUGAUAAAAGUCUCCGUACCUCCGCAAAAUAAUUGGACAUAGAAAGACAAUGAGUGUGACAAAUGAGUGUGCCUACAGGCAUCAGCUGAGUACUGACAAUUCUGAAUAUGAGGAAGUUUCAGCAUUCUUUCUCAAAAGUGCUAAGGGUAAAGACUUUGUGUUGAGCAUUGAAGCCAUAGAGAAAGUGAACAAUCAUGCUCUUCAGUUAUUGUUUGACAGCAAUAAAGCAAAUUAUAAAGAACUAUAUGGGGAUUGUAAAAUAGUUAAGCUUUUUCAUGGAACCAAAUGUAUGAAUAUACCUUCAAUUGUAAGAGACAACUUCAAUAUUAGUCUUCAUGGUCGUAACAAAGGACGUCGACUGUAUGGUGCAGGUGUGAACUUCACGGCUUUUGCUGCAAGUGCCAGUUAUUAUUGUGAUGAGGAUGAACAAGUCAAACAAAUGCUGUUAUGCUCUGUACUUGUAUCUAAUAUAUUAGAAGUGCCUGAGGCAACCAAUAUGUGGUUGACUCUCACCAAACCACCUUACAUUCAAGGAACCAACCUCAGAUAUGAUACCACUGCCAGAAACAAGAAAACUAUGGAUGUCAUUGUAAAAUAUGAAGACCACACCUUUUAUCCUGCUUUUGUGAUAAGUUUCAGGAAACAUAAUAAUCCCCCAGUUCAAAGGUCCCCACGGGUUGUACAUGAUAUAGUUCAUCCUCCUCAUAAUUUUUUUCCUGAAUUUCGACCAAAGCAAUGAUAAUAAUCUCUCGAUGCGACCAUAUCUAAAUGUGUAAAACAUAAUAUUAUUAAAAGGACUCCUCUGAGGACAAGGCAAGGAAGCAGCAUUAAUCAAAAAUUUCUUUAACCUAUUCAAUAUCAAUAAAUUAUGCAUUUUCACUCAUUCUACAAA